AUGGCGGACGUUGGCGAAGAAGAUGGCCACGUUGCCGAACCGCUCGAUCUGGUUCGGUUGCUGCUCAACGAGGUGGUCUUUGUCAAGUUGAGGGGAGAUAGGGAGCUCAAAGGGAAGCUUCACGCAUACGACAGCCACUGCAAUCUGGUGCUCGGCGAGGUGGAGGAAACAAUCUACGCGGUAGAUGACGAUGACAACGAGGAAGAGGCCAAGACGAUAAGCCGCAAAUCCGAGAUGCUGUUCGUGAGGGGCGAUAGCGUGGUGAUGAUUUCACCUCCGGUACCGUUCUGA